CAAAACUGAAUCUGCUACAUCUAUCAAAGCCAUAGCCUCUCUCUCAUAGAAUGAUAGCUAACAAAAGCUAGAAGCUCACACAGCUCUAUCUCCUCUCUCUCCAGAAGUCCAAAAAUCUGAUCGAUCUCUAAUCCUGUAUCGAUCAAGAAGAUCAUCCCAGCUAAACAUUUGGGUCAGGAUGCUUCCGAAGAUGAGCUCGAGCCAGAAGACGCUCCGAGCGGCCAUGAUGGAGGAGAGGGCGUCGGCGGGGACGACGAGCACGAUGGCCAGCCGCCUCCUCCUCGCGGCCCCGGACGUCGCCGUCUCCAACCCGUCCUUCCGCGUCUACUACGGCGUCGCCUCCGCCGGCUCGGUGCCGUUCCUCUGGGAGUCGGCGCCCGGCACGCCCAAGAACGACGCCAUCUCCGACGCCGCCCUGCCGCCGCUCACGCCGCCGCCGUCCUACUUCAGCGGCAAGAAGGGCCCCGCCGCCAACGGGAGGAAGCUCGCCAAGUCCUCGUCGUCCAAGCGGCUGCUCUCCUCCUCCAGGCAGGCGGCCAGCUUCGUCCACAGCAUCAUCCCCAAGCUACGCCGGAGCCACACCAUGCCGUCCCCGAACUCCUCCUCGUCCUCGUCCUCGUCCUCUUCCUCGUCGUCGUCAAAGGAGACCACCGCCGGCGAGCAGGUGCAGUGCAGCGCAGGCUGGAGGAAGAGGCUGGUGACGACGGCGAGCCCGCGGUCGUCGUUCUCGUCCACGUCGAGGGGCGAGGACGACGACGGCGACGUGGCCUCGCCGACGUCCACCCUGUGCUUCCGGACGCGGCACUCCACCGGAGGCGGCGGCGGCGCCGCCCGGAGGCUGCACGGCCUCAUGGCGUCCGUGGUUGGAGGUAACUAGGGUUUCCAUUGAUUUUUCCCGUCCAUGGCGACGUCUCAUUGCAAGUUUGGUAACGUUGCUGCGGCGCCACGCCAUCGUCUCAGUUACACGAAAAGAAAUACGUUUCUAUCUCCAAAGAAGUAGAACGGAUCAACGAUUAUCUACUGAGUGAUGAUUCACUCCUCUUUGUGUCCCAAACCAUAAGAGAUAAAAUUAAUAGUUGUAAUGGUUACAUGAUAUUUUUUGAGAACAUGUUACAUGAUAUAUAUGGGUACGAACAAUGUAUUAGUGUGUCGAUCUAGUGUUGUACUAGGGUUUUACU